AACACAAAGAAGAAGAGGUAGGGGACGGAGAAAACGAAGAAGAAGAACAACAGAGGCGCUUUUAGCUAGCUUGGCGGGUAACGUCGAGGAAAUUCUGAGAGUCGUCCCUCUUCAUCUCACCGCCUCCCCUUCGCCCCCUUCACACGUGCUGCAGGAUUGUUGGGCUUUUAGCUCUCAUCCAAACCUGCCAACAUGCCAGCCGCAAUAACCGAUGCCAGUCAGAUGAUCUGUGAAGUCUGGGCGAGUAAUGUGGAGGACGAAAUGAGGAAAAUCCGGCAAGUUAUUCAAAGCUACAGUUUCAUUGCCAUGGACACAGAAUUCCCUGGUGUGGUUGUCCGGCCAAUCGGUGAGUUUCGAAGCACAGUAGACUACCAGUACCAGCUGCUCCGGUGUAAUGUCGACCUCCUGAAGAUCAUCCAGCUCGGCCUCAGUUUCAUGAACGAGGCGGGAAAAUAUCCUCCUGGCACGUCGACGUGGCAGUUCAACUUCAAAUUCAACCUCACAGAAGACAUGUACUCGCAGGACUCCAUAGACCUACUCCAGAACUCCGGCCUCCAGUUUAAAAAGCAUGAAGAAGAGGGAAUCGACACACUCUACUUUGCUGAGCUCCUCAUGACAUCCGGCCUGGUGCUGUGUGAAAACACAAAGUGGCUCUCCUUCCACAGCGGCUACGACUUCGGCUACCUGGUGAAGCUCCUAACAGACGCACGGCUCCCUGAGGAAGAACACGACUUCUUCCAGAUCCUCAACCUGUUCUUCCCCGCCAUCUACGACGUCAAGUACUUGAUGAAGAGCUGCAAGAACUUGAAGGGAGGGCUGCAGGAAGUAGCGGAGCAGCUGGAGCUAAAGAGGAUCGGGCGGCAGCAUCAGGCCGGAUCUGACUCGCUUCUCACCGGCAUGGCUUUCUUCAGGAUGAAAGAGCUUUUCUUUGAGGACAAUAUCGAUGAUGCAAAGUAUUGUGGGAGAUUAUACGGCCUGGGCUCGGGCUCCACCCAGCCGCAGAACGGCAUCUCCGGCUCGGGUCAGGAGGAGACCAACAACAAGCACUGACUGACCUUCAAGUGGAACACGCACUUGUUUUAAAAACCCAACCAGCAGAUUCCCCCCCUGAUCUCCCUCAACACGUGAUCCCUGAACGAGACUAAACAAAUAUUUCUUUACAUUUUCCUCCCGAGUGACUGUAAAAUGGACACGGACUCGCAGUGACAUUGGAUCCUUCACUGGCUCAGACGUUUCUUUUUAGUCGCUUUUACUGAGUAUAUGGCCACAUAUUCAGAACCAUUUUUUAAACCUGUUUUUGUUUCCUCCCUCCCCCCCCCCCUUUAACAGCAUGGGACCAGCUCCUCCAUCGUACUGUGAUUUCAGACCAAACCUUGCCAAAAACAGUCAGUUUGUUCAAUUCAGAAUAUCCUUCUCAUCAGCGGGACUCGUCUCUUGUUGCAGGGAUUUCAUUUUUUUAAGUUAAUGUUGGAAGGGCCUGUAAAUUAAAAUGUAUAAUUUUGAUGAAAAUAAAAAUGUUUUAGCUCUUUUCCACUUUCAGAAACUUUUAACAGUGGGCGUCGAAGUGUAUAACUGUGCUUGGUUAUGCAUGUGUCUCAAUGGGCAAACUACUGUGGUUCUGUACAUUCACCCACCAUGACAAACUGUCCACCACCAGGUUUACAGAUGUUGUGGUUGCUGUUGUUUUUACAUUCUACAUUGUUUUAAACAGUUGUAUAUUAAAUUGUUUUGUAUUUUGAA